ACUUUUGAUGUAUGGGCGGGAUGGGACGCUCAACACACCAGUCGAAGACGCGCUCCGGGCACCAUAGUAGUACAUUUGGUACACUUGGUACACUGUCGACAGACCUUUGCCUUCGCUGUCUGAACGUCGCAGUAUUGUAGUAAUCACUAAUCACAGCGUGCUGCAAGAAAUCUGACACCGAGGUAAGCGUCCACGGUUCAUUUUGUACGUUCUGCUGGUAUGGCCUAGCUGCUGACGUGCGUGAAGACACCAUGAGCGACAUCUCCGACGUGCAACAGCUGGGCGACCUGCUGAAACAGGACGGCGCCGACCACAGCCUGCUGGACACGUCCAGCCGGGUGGCCCAGUUCACUUUAGCAGUCAUGGUGAAGCUAGUCAAAGAACGACCCUGGCAAGUGGCCGAGCAACUCCUCGACCUGCUGCGGCAGGAAGGCAGGGCCCUGAUGCAGGUGGACCCCACCGAGACCGCCGUGGGAAACGUGGUCCGCCGCGUGCUCAAGCUGGUUCGUGACGACUACGCGAGCAUGUGCUGCGGCCGACAGGUCGAAGGGGACAACAGCGAGUCGUUGCAGAAGCUCGUGUCGGCCAAGGGCGACUCCGUGGACGACUACAGCCGGCCCCAGCCCGAACUUAGGGAGCGGCUGCUCGAGAGCCUGGACGAACUCGAGCGCGAGCUCGCCCUGAGCCGCGAGAACAUCGCAGCCCAAGCCCUCGAGCACAUCCACUCGGGACAGGUGAUCAUGACCACGGGGCGCUCCCGGACCGUCGAAGCCUUCCUCCGCCGGGCGGCGGCCCAACGCACCUUCCAGGUCAUGGUCGCAGAGUCUGCGCCGUCCUUCUCGGGCCUGGAGCUGGCUAGGGUACUGUCUCGAGCUGGCAUCCGGGUCACCGUGGUGCCGGACUCGGCGGUCCUCGCAAUCAUGCCCCGCGUCAGCAAGGUCAUCAUCGGCACCCAUAGCGUGAUGGCCGACGGAGGGCUCAAGGCGCCUUGCGGCGCCCAUGCGCUCGCCCUGGCCGCCCGCCAAUGUGCCGUGCCGCUCAUUGUGGUCGCGCCCGCCUUCAAGCUCACGCCGCAGUACCUGUGCUCCGAGGACCAGGAGGCCUUCCAGCGGUUCGGGUCGCCCGAGCGCGUGGCACCCUUCGAGACGGCCAGUAGCGCCGUGCAGCUCGUGGCGCCGGCCUUCGACUACGUGCCUCCAGACCUGGUACCCCUGCUGGUACUAAACUCCGGCGGCAACGCGCCCUCGUACGUGUACCGGCUCCUCAGCGAGAUGUACCACCCCGACGACUUUAAGCUCGGUGCUUGAUGUUGGCCAAACAUGAGACACCAUUUGAUAACGACGCUUUAUUCUUCUUUUUCUCCACGACCCGGUUCCGUUCCGUAUCCUGCGGACGACGUGGGGCCUGCCCGGUCACUUGAGGUACCUGCACGGAAAGCCCCGGUUAACAAACCCACUUUAACGCAAAAGCACUCUACCAGUAUGGCACAGUGGUGUAGCCGGGAAUUUUUUUGGGAGGGGUCGAGGUGGCUCGGAUGUCCCACUUUUAGGUGCGGGGGGGGGGGGGUCGGGUCAAAAUGCACACAUAUAUUAUAAGGUCGGCUGAAUUUUCAAGAGGGGGCCGAAACCCCAUAGACUCUCCCCCUGGCCACGCCACUGGAAUGGUGCCUGGAGCACAUCCCCGACUGGUGUUCAUCGCGUGGUCGCCCCGAUUUGCACCUUUUUACGUCGCAUUGUUCUCCGCCACGGCACUGGCACAUGCGUCAGACGCCCGUUCUGCCGCGGGCCCCUUCGCAGCUCGACACUCCCUCGAAAGCUUCGGUAACACGCACAUUCUCUCCCGCUUUUUUUGUGGGAACUUGUAAGACAAACCGCCAAGAUAGAUAGAUCUCGCCGGCCGUUGGGUGCACGCGUGAAGCCGCCAUAACUUUAGUUUGCAGGAGGCUCCGCGCGUGCCUUCUCACACGGUGAGGUUGUCGCGCGUACGGAGAGACAUUCCCUCGAUGCGGUGCUGGCAUAGGCAAAGUAGCUGGCGAGAUAUUGGGGCGUCCACCAGAGUGACGCUCCGACUUCUGCAACAUCUCUCGUUUUUCCUUUGGGUCAACACUUGGGACGUGCGCCAGUCGGAGACGCCUUCCAAGCAGCCUGGUGUCCCCGGAAAGGGAGCAUUUCUUUAACCAAGCUGGGACAUCCUCAGCAGUUUGCUCCUUCUCCUCAAGCUUCCCGCCUCCCUAGUCCUCCCGAAUGGUCGUCGAGAUGCAUGUGCCUUCCCGACGUGAAAGUAGCAGUAAGGCUCUUUGCCCGUGUUUAACGAUUACUUCAGACCAACUGUUGUUCUACGAUCUGGACGGAUGGACGGUAGUAGCUAUACCCUUUGUAAUGGGUGCAGCUUGGGCCACCUAGCCUAACAUAUUGUAAUCUUUUCUCUUUUAAAAUUUGUAUACAUUUUGUUUUACUCCUCCCCCCCCCCUCUUUUUAAAGUGUUACCAUUGCUUAUUUUUAUCUGCAUUUUUACCCCUCCCUAGAUUUUUUCCACCCAUCUUCCAAUCUCCUACCGCAAUUCUUUCCCUAUCCAUUCGUCCAUCCAUGUCUGCGAAUCCCAGUGCCCCUUCCAGAUCCAUAGUCAUCCCCACGUCUAAGAGGGUGGGACGACGCCCCGUGCACCUCAAAAUUGCAUGUUUUCUAUUUCCUGGAAUUUAGCCCUAUAUGUUUUCGUUCUUAGCACCCUGGUUUUAGCUUCAAACAGCCUCCAACGAGCUCUCCACUGAAUUAUCAUACAAAUGUUCCUUCUUUAUUUCUUGUUUUUGUGCCCUGUAUAUUGUUAAGGCUGAUUUCCCCUGCAUUCUCUCUUCCCACAAUUUCCUCACCGUUUCCUUUACUCGCUUCUCUACUUAUACGCUCUGAUCUUCCCCAUCUCGUUGAAUAUAUUUAGAUCUCUGCUUGCAGGUUCGGCUUUUCCACUUAGUAUUUAGACUUUUCACAUAUAGAUGUACACUUUCGCUGCCCACCGUAUAUCCUCAAUUUCAGCUAGUCUUUGUUCAAAGUUUACUGAUCACUUCUCUACUCUCGAAAGAUGCCCAACCCAUAUCCCCCUGUACUCCCUCAUUUGGUGUCUUCUCAUGUGCCCCCAACGCCAACCUGCCCACACUCCUUUGCUGUAUCUCUAAACUUGCCUAGAUUUAUGACCUGAUGCACAAUACAGCAUUCCUAAAUGACAGUCCUGGCACCAUGACUCCCUUCCAUACACCCCUAACGACUUCAUACCUAUUAUAGAUUGAAGCCCUGUGUUUCAUAACAGCUGAAUCUCAUUUCCCCUUUAUUAGAAAAUCUUCAUGUUCUUUUAGACACUUUCUUCCCUCACUUAGCCAUACUCCCAGACAUUUGUAUGUUUCUAUGUGUUCUAUCACCGUGUCCCGUAUCUCCAGGGGUUCCCCCUUCUCGUCAUUGAAAAUUAUUAUACCCGAUUAGCCCCUACUGAAUUUUAGGCCUUAACUGUCCCCUUCCCUGCUGCAAAUCCUAAUCAGCUCCUGCAUUGUCUCACGACUUUCUGAUACAAGUACAAUGUCGUCUGCAUACAUUAACCCUGGCAAUACUUGGUUUACUUUAUGUCCUUCCUCCAUGUAAUCCAGGUGAAAACCUAGGUUGUACUGUUCUAAGCUUUUUUCAAUCCCACUGAGGUUUAUCAUAAAGAGCAGGGGAGACAAUGGGCAACCCUGUCUAACUCCUCUUUUUAUGGCUGCUGGUCUUGUAGUUUCGGCUUCCCAUGUUAUAACCAUGUAUUCUCCAUAUAAACUCGUUUAGAAACUUGACCAACCAUGGUUCCCCCUAGCGCAUAUCCCUUCAGUUGGUCCCAGAGUUUUUCCUGAUCCGUUGUCAUAUGCCCCUUUGAUGUCCAAAAUGCUACCCAUAAUGGCCCUUGACUUGUCAUUGCUAUCUCUAUGCACUGAGUGAUUACGAAUAAGUUAUCAUAUAGUCGUCUAUCCGUUCUGAAACCGUUUUGAAGCUCCCCCAGAAUCUAAUCAUCCAGUUGAUGGCCAUUUCGAUAGGUGCCAGUGCAUCCCCUAUAGAUCGUCAUAGCUGCAAAGAGGACUUCCGAAGAGUGCCAGGAGUGACUGGUCCAGAUACGCCCACUAUAUUGUUGAAAGCUCGUGUACUAUAUGUAUUCAAAGUUGGCCAAAUAGCAGACCAUUUUUUCUGCUAAACUGAGAUGUCGGCGGCCUCUGGCAUGACAUUAGACCCUGCCGCUUCCUCACACAGAUCACACCGCAGGUUUGACUUUAAAUGGGGUUAGACAGGCAUUGUCCGGCAUCCUCUUCUUCUUGCGCAGAUCGUUUUCCUUUUUGCCUGCCCCUACCCCCACUUUGUGACUUGCUGUCCGCCCCCACUGCGUCGACUUCGUGAUGACGCGGCCCGCCGCAGCAAAAGGUUUCCGACUCCCGUUUUAGGGUAUUGCCCGGGAAACACAUAUACUGUUUUGUGCACUGCAAGAAUAAACGGUGCAUUGCAGAAGAAAUUCCGGACCCCCAGAAUGUUGCACUAAGGGUUUGAAUAAGAUAUGAAAGUUUUGUGACUACACAUUACUAUUAGAAUCAAAAGUUAUAAGCAAGUUUUGGAAACCGUCAAUAAAAAAAUGUUGGGUGGGGCCCACAAGUA